AUGGAAAUCUCGGCGAACAAUGGCGUAUCCAAAAAGUUAAAAGAGUUCCGUGAUACUCCUGUCGCUCACCCGUCCAAUCAAGACCUGUACGCCAUAUUCAAUUUCCUCGUCCUCGAGAACUCUCCCGCUGCAGGCCAGAUUCACUGGUUCUGUGCUCAAGCGCGGCCUCUUGUAACUGAAGCUGCAUCAUUCCUACUAAGGCUGCAUGCAUAUAACAGCCCGCUUGUAGUGCAGUGGCGAGCGAAGCUGCAAGCCUGCCUGGCGGGUUGUUCGCAAUGUGUAGGGCGAUUGCCGGUUAUCAAGGAUCAGUCUCAGCGCACAUACUUAGAGAAGAUUGAACAUAAGACGCUACAGCAAUUCUGGGAUAGUUUCGCCGUAUGGGAGCUCGAAAUUGCUCUGAAAUACUGCGAACAGUCCAACCUCCUACCUAUUGCCACUGGCACUAGCUCCUCCUCCUCUGAUAACUCUGCGACACUCCUUAACGUCCCACCUUCCAUCGUCUUGCUGAUGCUGUCCAACCUUCAAAUCCUCCGAGAUCCACGAACCUUUUCUCUUAUCCGCACACUCUCUCCGGACCGACCUAUAUCUGCAUGGCCGUUGGAUUCGCCUCCUGCCGGACUGUUAUUGCUACUAAUGGAUGAAGAUAAAGGUGUGCGGACCUGGGCCUACCAACAAGUCGCUCGGUACACUACCACGCCAAUGCCUCUCGAAUGCUUCAUUCAAUCCCACGUUGAGGUACUCGUGGCUACUGUGGCUGCUGUCAGCUCCUCCAACCUCAACGCCGAACCUCAAUCUUGGAGUCCUGAUUUCUCCUUCUCCCGCGAUCCUCUCAUCCUCUGGUCUGGGUAUGCUACCAUGUUGCGCUUUGUUCCACCAGAGAGAAUGGGGGCGAAUAUCGCCCACAAGGCUGACCUGAGGAAAGCUAUUGUGACGCAUCUAUCAGAUACGGGAACCCACUUCUUCGAGGUUUUGAAAGUCUUCAUACUUCUCCUUCCAGGGUUAGGUCCCGAACUUUGGCAGGGCGAAAGCGAGAACUAUCCCCUGCAUGUUUUCAACAUCAUCAAAAACAACCGCUUCUACGCCAGCUCGUUAGAGCCCGAUCGACCGGAGCAUGGUCACGGGUCUGUUCAGUGGAUAGAAGCAUACGUCAAAUCAUUGGGCGAGCUGCCGGCACUUCGAAUCCUGAUUCCACCGGUAAUACAAUAUCUCUGCGAAGAGUUACAGCAUGAACGAUACAAGGAUUUACGUGCUUCCGCUGUAUGUGUAGCUGCGAAGCUACUGGACACCUUCUUGGCGAAAGCAUCACAAGACCUGUCUGCAGAGAUUUCUCCCCUUCUUUCUGCAGUUCUGGAGCCCCUCGAUAUUCAUGCAAAUGUCUUCACUUCUGUCGCAUUCGGCAAAUCAUACGUCGGCGAUGUAUGGGCGGAAGCACGAUGCGUCGCACGGAGCCUCAUUAGGACGUCGCUAAGGAUGGACGUCGGGUUGAUCUUCGGGACCAUCCGGUGCUUGGCUGCGACCUCUUCCAACACGAAGUCAGUGGCUUCCUCAACAAUUCACGAGCAGAUAUGGCGGAGGAUGUACGAGCUAGUUCUCCCAGAUGAUUCGGACGGCAUCGCGAUGAUCAUUACCGUCCUCUCUGAUAUCGCUCAUGUUGAUGACUUGCAUGAGGGCGCGUUCGGGGCAAUCUUCGGGAACAAUACGAACAAGGACGACUUCAUGAAGGCCGUGCAUGGAGUCAACCUUGCAUUGGAAGUUAUGCGUACGGGAUUCUCGGACUCUGUUUCUCGAUAUUUGGAUUUCACCGAACCUAGAGACGCUCUGGCCUUCCUUCGCCAGUACCAUAUCGUGGGACAAGUUACGACCAUCAUGUUCUCACCUGUCGCGGUUCUUCGGCAGCCGGUCCAGUCUCUCAUCGGUUUCGCUCUCGACGCCGAAUCCCGUGCUGACUGUUUCCGUGCACUGUUAGAGCUCGACCCCGACCGAGUCUUCGAGGGCAUGUAUCGCGCCCUGCAGAAUUUCACAAAAUCCACGACAACGAUGCCUGAAGCGUGUAAUCUCUCCAAGGCACUCGCGCUGUGCCUCACCGAUGUGAUCGAUGUCUUGUCCUCUUCGUCCGACGGACUCCUCCACCGCACGAAUUUCCUGCAGUCGUUUAAGCAGGCCGGUCCUGAGGUGCAGCUGCCGAAGUGGUGGAGCCUCAUGUGCCAGGCCUUGACGCACAUCUUCCAGCGCACGCCACGGUGGGCAGAUUACUUUGAGAACGGAAUGAUGGUCACUUGGAUGCGUGAUGCACUCAUCUUUGGACGGGACAUGCUUGCGCAGCGGAAGCUUAUCGAGAGCGGUGCCUUGGCCUUGUCGCCCCAAUCGUUGGCCAACCGUGGCAAGUCGCAUAUCGGGUCUAAGAUGGUGGAUGGCCUGCAAGCAGUCCUACUCGAGCUUACGAGGUGGCUUCGACUUACGGACGAAGAACUCCUAUUUCAAGCGUUCGCUCUGCUUCAGUCUAUGCUUGCGUGCUUCCAAGAAGCGAAGGUGAAACCAAGCGACGCUGCAUUGCAGAAGCUUCAGAAACAUAUCAAGGAAGCGCGAACGCGUGACCCUAAGCGUCCGCUGACACGACUGGACUCAACGCGCGUCGACAGAUUGCAGGACGCGAUCAGUAUGUUCGAGGAUAAGGACGGGUCUGACGACGAAAUCCAGAUCAUUGCACACAGGGUAGUAGAACCCGUGGAACGCCGCAAGCGGAAGGAUAAGGCCGAGGAGAAAGUGAAGGCCGAACUGAAGCCUGUGUCUGUGUCCGCAUCUGUAUUCUCUCGUAAGGCCAAGACUCCUUUCUCUAAAUCUUUUCGCCCGGAGCCUGCCCGCCGUCCAUCGGGGAAAGCGGGUAUCAGUAGCUACUUUACCGCCGACGAUCGAAAGAAGCUCAACGCUGCAGCGAGCAUGUCAAAGUUCAGCAAAUCCACGGCAGCCACGACGUCAAAGCCACCUGCCGCCGCCGCCUCUAAGCCUGUUCGGGAGCGAGUCGACGACGCUAAGUCGGAUGCUUCGUCGUUUGGAGGCUCAGCUGCACCCACCUCCACAGCACCAUCUAGCGACGAAUCCGACAGCGAUGGCGGUGAAGAGAGCGGGCUGGCUGCCCUUGCGAAGCUGCAGAAGACUCCUACGAUCAAGAAGGCACCGGAGCGCAGGCAGGUCAUGAUGCUGGACCUGCCUGGCACUGUAAGCAAUCCUGCUCUUGAAAGGCUGAAUCAGAGGUCCGCGCGAGACGAGGCACGCCGUACUGCCCUCCGACUCAAGCCCGACAUCACACCCUUGCAUCGGACCAUGCUUUCCUGGAAUUACGACCACGAUGGCUCCGAUCCACCCGGAGAAAGACUAAAUUUGGUCCCCGUCCCAGAUAGCUUCAAGGACGAACAGCACUAUCGGCGCGUGUUUGAGCCGUUGCUGCUUAGCGAAUGCUGGGCACAGAUCCAGUCGUCGAAGACGGACACCAAGAAGGAGGAGCGGUAUGCGUGCACUAUCGUCAUCCGCCAGUACAGCGGCGAAGAUUGGAUCGACCUAGACAUCGCGAUCACGGAUAGUGUACACAAAGAAUGGACGCUCACUGAUGCCGACCUUGUACUGCUCAAGCAUUUCGAUGGGAAGAAGAGCGUCAUGUGCAAGGUGCAGAACUAUCGGUCAACGCCGAUGAAUGCCAAUGCCACGCUGAGGAUGGUGGCUUCUCAGGAUGGGCCUGGUCCUCAGACUGGUUCGUCUUGGAUGAUAAGCAAGAUUACUAGCCUCACAACUAUUCACCGAGAGUACUCUUCCCUCAUGGCCUUGCCGUAUUAUGAUCUUUGCCCCGCGAUACUGGACGCGAACCUCCUCCAAUCGGCGAGAGCGAACUUAGACGACGUCAACCAGACCAUGAAGGCGUACAACCUGAACGAGCCGCAAGCUAACGCUAUUCUAAGUGCGCUACGGACCGCUGGAUUCUCUCUUAUCCAAGGGCCUCCUGGGACAGGAAAGACGUCGACUAUAUGCGGACUCGUGCAAGCGUUCUUGGCUAAGCGAGGCAGAACGGCCACCGCUAUUCACGCAGGGCGUAAUUCCGGCCCGGCAGAUAAGGAACCCAAGAAGAAGAUCCUCCUUUGCGCACCAAGUAAUGCGGCUAUAGACGAGAUUACUUACCGUCUGAAAGAAGGUAUCUCGGGUCCCGGUCGCCAGCUUGUCAUUCCGAAGGUUGUCCGGACAGGUGGUGGAAAAGUCGGUCUUUCAGUACGAGAUGUCACGCUUGAUUAUCUCGUAGAGCAAAAGAUGAACACCGGCGGGCAAGCAAAGGCGAAUUCUCAGGACGUCGGGAGUGAGAUUGCUCUGCUGCGUUCGAAACUGGAAGCAGUGAAACAUAAUCGCGAAGCCAAGCGUACUGAACUUUUGACUGUACAUGACAACACCGCGAGGACGAUGCAGCUAGAAGAUACUAUUCGAGCUCUCAACAAGGAGCGGACUGCUCUCACGUCUCAGCUGGACAAGCUGCGGGACCAGCAGAAGUCGAAUAACCGUACUUUCGACGCUGUCAGCAGGAAAUUCCGCGCGGAGAUUUUGCAAGACGCCGACGUUAUUUGCACGACGCUCGCUGGUUCCGGUCAUGACACGCUCGAGCCUUACGAGUUCGAGAUGGUUGUCAUUGAUGAAGCUGCUCAGGCAGUAGAACUGAGUUCUUUGAUUCCGCUGAAGUAUCGCUGCCAACGAUGCGUCAUGGUUGGGGAUCCGCAACAGCUACCCCCUACAGUUCAAUCCCAGCAGGCCACUGGCUUCAGCUAUAAUCAGUCGUUAUUUGUCAGAUUACAGAAGCACCAUCCGGAGGCCGUACAUCUUCUCAGCAUCCAAUAUCGUAUGCACCCAGACAUUAGUUUACUCCCUAGUCGGCUCUUCUACAAUGGCAGGCUGUUAGACGGCCCAGACAUGGCUUCAAAGACCCAAAGGCCAUGGCACCGCCAUCCGAAAUUUGGGCCGUAUCGCUUCUACAACGUUCAUCGAGGCGUCGAAACAACCGCCUCUCACUCAUAUCUCAACCAAGCGGAAGCAGAGAUUGCGGUUGCGUUGUACAACCGCCUGCGACAGGAAUUCAGCGCGCAUGACUUCGACUUCAAGAUUGGGAUAGUCACCAUGUACAAGGCUCAAAUGCUCGAGCUACGUCGUGCGUUCGAACGUCGUUUCGGGACAAAUAUCCAUGGGCUUGUGGAUUUCAACACCGUGGACGGUUUCCAGGGGCAGGAAAAAGAGAUUAUCGUACUCUCUUGCGUUCGGGCCGGACCUGGGGUAGAGAGGGUCGGAUUCUUGCGAGAUGUGCGGCGAAUGAACGUUGCAUUGACUCGUGCGAAGUCGUCUAUCUUUAUCCUCGGCAAUGCGGCUACCCUGGAGAGAAGUGACGAAGAUUGGAGGACAAUUGUCAAAGAUGCUCGAGAACGCUCAUGUCUUGUUGACGUUGAUGUCACAUACUUCACGAGUGCUGGGUCUGCAUCGAUCAUUAAGAGGGCAGCCCCUGCAAGAUCAAGGGUGUCCAGCAAGCAAGCGGCGCCAUUGUCAUCAUCUCCCACUUUUUCGACGCCACAAGAACUAGUAGCUUCUAAUCAACGUCCCUUAGCAUCCGCCGUGGGGGCAGCGCUGGAAGUCAAGGCUGAACUUGCCCCUAUCCUCGCGGUACCUACCCAAGCUACUCCUUCAAAGCCCUCGACAGCUUUGCAGUCGACCAGUGCAGAGCAGAACGCGAUCAUGACUGCACAAUCUGGGCAGAAACGCCCCGCAGAGGACAAUGCCGCUGCGGAGCCUGAGCCUAAACGUAGACCGCCCCCGCCCGCUGACGGUCCUCGGCCGCCGCCGAAACCUAAGCCACCCGUAAAGGAAAGGAAGAAACCAAGCAUAUUCAUGCCUUCAAAACGACCAGCUAUGGCUGGGGAUGCAGGGCCAUCCGCCAACCGACGCCGUAUAUGA